UGUGCGGCAGAAGACGGUCUCGUAGAUAUCCGGGUCCUAGGCCAUGUAGGGGGCCAUAGUGGGAAGGACACCACUCUGUCUGUGACACCCCCUUUUUAUUUCUCUUUCUAAUACGCCUUCCCCCUCUCUCUCACUCCCAAGCAGGAAGUAUGAUCUCUUGUAGAGUAGUUUUGAAAUUAGCCAGAGAGCUGUGUGCAACUUUAAGGAGUCACAAGUACUCUCUUAAGGCCCCACUUGCUCAGGGCAAUAAUCCUUUACGAUGAGGGAAUAUCGUGAACAUCUUCAAGUCUGGUCUCUGAGCUCAAUCUUCCUGAGAGGGAGAAACUCUAAUCUUUCCAAUCAUUUGUUCCCCAGCUUAUAGGUCCAUGUAUGGACUUCCAACUUCCAGAAUUCACAAUAAUGAUCAUGCUGGCCAGAAAAUCCUGCAGAUUAAUAACUAUGAAUCCAGAGAUCACCAAGGUGGAAAAGAUCUGGGUUAACUGUUACCUGUCCCACCAUAGUUUGAUGUGCUACAGGUUUUACUGAAGGACUCUUAUUGGUUGCUUUAGGAUUCAGAGUUUUAAUGCUAAACCAGAAAAGGUUUGGGUGUAUUAGACAGAACACUAUUUCUCUCCGUUUUGUGGGUUCCUGAAUCUCAUCACAAAAUUAGGCUCAAUCUCUACUCCUUUUUCCAUUUUUCUUCAGCCUCAGUGCCACAGUUCACCAAUUCACCAACUAUGGUGAUCAUGGUAGGAUUGCCAGCACGGGGAAAAACUUACAUCUCUAAAAAGCUCACUCGCUACCUGAACUGGAUUGGGAUCCCCACUAAAGUGUUCAAUGUUGGACAGUAUCGCCGUGAAGCCGUCCAGACAUACAAGAAUUAUGAGUUCUUCCGCGCAGACAAUGAGGAAGCUAUGCAGAUCCGGAGGCAGUGUGCGUUAGCAGCUCUUCGGGAUGUCCAAAUCUACCUGAGUAUGGAAGAGGGACAAGUGGCGGUUUUCGAUGCCACUAACACCACACAGGAACGCCGUUCCCUUAUCUUGCAGUUUGCCAAGGAGAAUGGCUACAAAGUUUUCUUCAUUGAAUCCAUCUGUGAUGAUCCGGAUAUCAUUCAGGAAAAUAUCAAGCAAGUGAAGCUAACCAGUCCUGAUUAUAAGGACUGUAACCGGGAUGAAGUGGUGGAGGAUUUCCUCAAGAGGAUUGAUUGUUACCAGAAAACCUACCAGCCAUUAGGUGAUGAGUUGGACAGUUUCCUGUCCUACAUUAAGAUCUUCAACGUUGGCAGUCGGUAUCUAGUGAACAGGGUUCAGGACCACAUACAGAGUCGCACUGUUUAUUACUUGAUGAAUAUCCACGUGACACCCCGCUCCAUCUACCUCAGUCGGCACGGGGAGAGCGAGCUUAACCUCCGGGGGUGCAUUGGGGGCGACUCUGGGCUAUCUGAGCGUGGCAAACAGUAUGCCUGUGCCUUGGCCAACUUCAUCCGUUCCCAGUAUAUCAAUGACCUCAAGGUCUGGACAAGCCACAUGAAACGCACAAUCCAAACAGCAGAAGCAUUGGAUGUGCCCUAUGAACAGUGGAAAGCAUUGAACGAGAUUGAUGCGGGUGUCUGUGAGGAGAUGACUUAUGAAGAAAUCCAGACCAGUUAUCCACUAGAGUUUGCCCUGCGAGACCAGGACAAAUACCGCUACCGCUAUCCUAAAGGAGAAGCUGCGAGGUGGAAUCCAUUUUUCUCAACAUCGAGGCUGUGAAUACACACCGGGAACGCCCCACGCACUUUUCCUACAAAGCUAGCCAGGCCCCCUUGUAUCGGCACUACCGCGCUGUGCCAAUGGCUAGCCCUGAGCCCACCAAACAACCCUGCUGGAAAGAUCUGGGGCGCUCUCCUCCCUCUUGCCUGUUUGACCCUCAGAAUGUUGAUGUGUCACGAGAUCCUACGGAAGCCCUAGACACCGUGCCGGACCAUUAUUAAACUUAAAACACUAAAAACAAAAA